AUGCAAAUUGGGGUGCUUCAAUAUAGGUUUGAUGAGCGUGUGAAGGAUCUGUUGGACUUCAAUAUCUAUUUGGACAUCAGCAAUGAGGUCAAAUUUGCAUGGAAAAUUCAGAGGGACAUGGCUGAUAGAGGACACAGCAUUGAGAGCAUUAAAGCCAGUAUCGACUAUAUCGAUCCUCAGAAGCAAUACGCCAAUGUAGUGAUCGAUAUGCUGCCGACUCAGUUGAUUCCGGAGGAGAAGGUUUUGAGGGUUAGGUUGAUAAUGAAAGAAGAGGUGGAUCAUUUCAGUCCAGUUUACCUGUUUGAUGAAGGCUCAACCAUCUCAUGGAUACCAUGCGGAAGGAAGCUCACUUGCUCUUACCCUGGCAUCAAAUUCGCCUAUGGACCCGAUUCCUACUUCAGAAACGAGGUAUCUAUUGUGGAGAUGGACGGGCAAUUUGACAGAUUAGAUGAACUGAUUUACGUCGAAAGCCAUUUGAGCAACCUAUCUACCAAGUUCUAUGGAGAAGUAACUCAACAAAUGUUGAAGCAUUCUGAUUUCCCUGGAAGUAACAACGGAACCGGGCUCUUCCAGACCAUUGUUGGGUUGAAGAUUAGAGAUCUCUACGAGCAAAUUACCACUACCAAAACUUCUGCUUCACAAGAAGCAACGAAAGCACAAGAGAUUUCUCAUUAA